AUGCGGCAUGCUGGGAUAUCUAUUAACGAUGUCGUGUUGUUACGCUCGGCGCAGUUUGGGCAGUGCAGUGGAAUUUAGGAGAAAUUUAUCAAUUAUGAUGUCUCGGGAAAGUGAAUAUACAAUACUGGCGAAUGCGCGAAUGAAGCGUUCAUCCGCACGCGUUGUAGGCUGAAGCUCGCGCAGUCGGCGAGUGAGUUUUCCGAAUCGUUCGGUACAUUCGGCAUCUCCGCAUAUUGGAGAUUGUGAUUAGAGGUGUCUUCGUCCUUGUUUACGUGUGCUGUCCACUCGGCGCCGUGCUUCGCACUUGGUUAUGAGGCCCGUGCCCGGGGACAGGCUUUUGCUGCGACGGAUGUGGUACCGCGGACUUGCAGCCGUCUAGAAAGCGCGGCACAUAAUCGCGCCCUACUGCACCUGUCAACAUGUCGACAGUCAUGAAGCUCUCCCCGCACGAUAGGAAAGAACUGGACAAGUUCACCCUGUUCUUGGCCUGCAAGUCUGUUCAAGUGAUCGUGCAGUCUCGCUUCGGCGUAAAGCAAAAAACGAAAUCUAAGCCACACGCCUCGUUGUCGGACUGGCAGUUCAACUUGGACAUACCAGACCUGCCCGAGAUCCAGACACGAGUGAAUGAAGCCAUGGCCGGCCAGAUACCCGAGCCAGGCGGGCCCAGCCUCUGUACGCAGAUUUCACUUCAGACUGUCGACGGGGACACUCUGGUGCUGGAGGUGUGGCAGCUCUCCGUGAGCAAUGUCUGCGACUCUUCCGUCCGGGCCAUCUACACAGUCUACAACCGCAUGAGUCUCCUACUAAAAUCGCUCAUCACCAUCACGCGUGUGACGCCAGCGUACAGGCUGUCACAUAACCAAAGUCGUGACUCCUACAUCAUCUGCUUCAAUGUCUACAUGGGAGAGCCACAGCUAGACCUGUUGGGCGAGGACUACAAGCGAGUGCAGGUGGGCCAAGUGGGAACACCCACGGGCACGCUGACCCUGGGAGUGGUCUACCGCACCAAGAUGACCAUCUCCCCUCAGCAGGCUGUUAACCAGACCCACCCUGCCAUGAUGCUUAAGAGCGACUACUUCAAGCCAGACCUCAGUCCUCGAGGAAUGCGGAUGCGGCCUAGCACGGACGUAGCAACUGAUGCCGUAAAGCGAAGCGACAAAGACUUGCCUCCAGAAGGGAUCAGGAGGCAAAGCAGCGUUGCAGGUCACAACGGAUGUGCUAAUGGACGCAAAGACGGGGGUGACGGUCUUGGUGAGAUGCAACAGGGUGCCUUUGCCCCUCCUUGUCCGCGAGAUCUCAAGGAGAUUGCGGCCAGGGAGGAUGAGAGCCCCUGGCCUUUGCCAAAGCCUGCCUUCUCCUCGCUCCUCUCCAUGCCUGCCAAGUCAACCACGAGUAGCAACUCGCGAUCCGAAGAGGACAAUGACUCUGACGUCAACGAGCCCUUUGUCGAGCCCCGGGAGGUGCUGCUUCCAGCCGAGGACUUCGUGCUGGUUGAAUUGAAACCUCCAUUUGCUGAUGGCGAGGAAGGUGGCACUGACUUGGGCACAUUCUUCCAGGAGUGUCAGAGUGCACCGAUGCUGUCUUCAUUUUCCUGCCAGCCAACGCUAGAGCAGCAAGUGUCCGAAAUUAGUGCACAUCUGGCCGCACUGGAGUCCAGUCUGCCUGACCUGGAUCAGUUCGUCGAGUCUGUUUGCCAAAGUGAUUCUCUGAAGUGAAGACUUGUGUCAGUGUCAAAUGCGAAAUGUGAUGAAGGGACAGUCUCAGGCCAAUGGCGAGUCAACAGGACUGUGCAAGGAGGAAUUCCACACCUCGCUGCAGUGGUUGAAGGAUUAUGAAUGUCAUUAUCAUGAGAACGUUGACAUCGUGGUGUGCUCAGUCAUGGACAAGGACUCAAGUACAAAGUGCAUGUUACGAAUAAAAAGGAGAGAUAGAGACCCCAUGUAAGCAGAAAAAGAAAAAUCAUUGUGACUAGGCAACAGAAAUGGGGUUUGCUAUGGCAGCCAUUUGUUGCCUGUCAGUGAGACCGGUGAAACACAAGCGGCUGCUGCACGUGAGAAGACCAGGAAUUGGCACAAUACAACCAAUGUUGCAAUGCUGUGUUUUGGUGCUUCUGAUUAGUUAGUACGUUUGUUAAUGGUGGGCUUGCAAUGGCCCCCACAACCUGCCCGUGAAUGAAUUAGCUACUGCCAUACCAGUUGUACCAUGACCGCUCUUGCACUCAACAUUCGAGCAUAGUAAUUUAAGGGUGGGUGUCUGGGAGGGAUAUUGAGUAAUUGUACCUCACAGACAACUUAUCGCUGCCCAGGUUUUUGUUGGUAAGCUUUGGCUUUCAGUGCUAUAUUGGUACAGUGCAUACAGCAGUGUGCAGCUGCAGUAGUAUGAGCCAAGUAUGAACAUACCAAGCAUACUGAGCUGACUUGCCUGGCAGGUGCUUUAUGUGCUUCACUGGAUCGCACAGAGAGGAGCGAUAAAAAAUGCAAAGUGCAUCCAACGGACGUUUGAAAGGGCCUUGCAACACCUUUUAUGAAAAGUGUGGUAUAUGGAAUCCCCUCACAAUAAUAUUUUCCAAUGCAAAGAUUUUGAAUGCCCCUUGUAUGAACAGAGUUAGCAAUGAUAAUGAUAUGGUGCCACAUUCUCACAGCCUGCUGCUUUCAACAUGAUAGCGUUAAGGGCCCCGUGUCGCAGAAAAUCCGGCGUCGGUGUCAGCGUAGGCGCCGGCGUCGUUGGCGGAAAUAAUCAUGCCGAACCGCAUCAUCCCAAACCAACCUACCACCCUGACUGGGCAGGCGUUUCGCGUGGCGCAAGGCAUUAGUAAACAAAAAUUGAAUUUCUCAAAGUAAAAUCCGUCAGAAAAAUCGUAAAGCACGGCUUAGCCACAACCUACAGACGUGAUAGCAUCGGAUUGUAAUUUGAAUAUAUGAGAAAAAAAGCCUGAUAAGCAGCCAGGGAUCUUUGAAGGCUAUCGCGUUCCACUCUUAAAGGCAAAGCUUAAGCGUCCUCCAAAUUUUUAAGCUGCACUUGAAGGAUGUGCUGCUGUGCUCACUUGGGCAAGCGCCCAUCAUCACAUUGAGCUUUUAUAUUGGCAUGAGCUCGAGACCAGGUGGUGCAACCCACAGUUACAACCCCCACUGAUCUCUGAGGCCAGUAGCAUCAGUGCAGGAGUAUCAACCUCUAUCACCAGGUGGUGCCAGCAUGAUAUUAGGGAUUAGACUUUGCAAUUUUUGUUUCUGCUAGAGGUGCUGCUUAUUCGUGGCUUCUAAAAGCGAUACGGCCAAUGGCCACCAAGUUUAGAAGUGUAUGAAUGUGCAUGAAUAUCGGUGGAGAUUUUGUAAAGUUGAAGAAGGCAGUGUACAAAACUAUAGGCUCCCUGCUGCGAGCACAGGAAUGAUAUUGAGCUCAGAUGUUUGUGAUGACACUGCCACAUGGUCUGACAGACCAGUUACUGGAGAAGAAAAUUCUUGGGGACCACGCAUCAAUGCAUAUGCUGUGUACAGUGCUCACGUCUGAGGACUUAUCUACUUCAAUUGAGUACGCAUAAAUUUUGGUGGAGGUGCAGGGUAAGGUUGACCUGAGCACUAGAUCCCUCCCAGUAGCAGGAAUGUCAGCAUAUGCUGGAGCUUACACCACUAAACCGUGCCAGCCAGAAAAUUCGGGGACUUACCUCAGAAUUUGGACUCCUACCUGAGACAACUACAACCGCAACGGAAGAUAUUGUCGCAUACUCAGUUGAAGAGAGUGAGAGAAAAUACUUUAAAGUAGAUGUUGAGUCCUGAGGUGUCAAUACGCUGUCCCAAGAAUGUUUGCCUUCUUUAGUCACUGGUCUGGCCACACCGUGUGGCACUAUUGUCUACCAUUUAAGCAAGUUCACAUACCACAUUUAACUAGUUGGAGGGCCCCUUUGAUUGAUUAGGUCUUGGGACAAUGAACUAUAGACUGACUUUCUAAAGUGAAUGGCAGGGCAAACUGUAGUCACUAAUAGGGUCUCAUGACAGCCCAACUCAGCUGUCACUGUUGAUUGGGCUUGUUGUGCACAAAAUUGCUUACAUGGGGUUCAGAGGCAAUGUAUUAAAGUCUGACAGAAGGGUGAGUUAUAAAUUGUUGCUGAAGUGUUUGGUCUGUGCUAAUGAUGCCAAGUCUUCUUGCAGUUGUUGCAUUUUGGCAUUUAAUCAAUGCAAAAGGAGCCACUCCUCCACUUCCUAUCAACCUUUCCUGUAGUGUGCAAGAUGGUGAAAAUUCAUUUUCCUUUGUGAUAGCUGUGUAUGUUGCCCAUAUAGUUGAACAAAUAGCAUGAAGCAACAUUGCAAAAAGAAUGCCUCCAAGUUGUCUACUUCAAGCAAAUGAACCAGGCGGCACUUGGCAAUGUUUGUUCAAGAAAUGAUGAGUUAUGUUGAAAUUCAGAUGUCAGAAAUAUAUAUGGUCAGCUAUGCUUGCAUCACUGUUCUUGAACCAGGUUAAAAUUUAAUUAUUGUUUGCUGUUGAUGGCAAUUCAUGUGCGAUUACUACUACUAUCAACACAUAUCCUGCAAUGAUCACUGAAAUGCACAUGGUGCUGCCAAGUGAAGUUAUGUGUUAAUGAUGACCAUGUUUUUUGCAGUGUGACUUGCCUUGUUCCAUAUUUCUGUCUGCUUCUGUCAAUAAAUGUGGCCAAAA